CUUCAAAACAUGGUUCUAGUUCUAAAAAGUUUCAUGCUCAGUGUGAUGAUAAAGGUGCAACAUUAUUAAUUAUUCGAGUAAAAGAAACUGGUGAAAUUCUUGGUGGAUAUAAUCCAAUUGAUUGGUGUAAAGAAUCAAAAAAAAAUGUCUAUCAUUCAACUUCAACAAGUUUCAUAUUUUCUUUAAAUCUUAAAAAUUUAGAUAACUCAAUAGUUAGUAAAGUAAUUGACAAAGAGCACGCAAUCAAACAACAUACAUAUGCAGGUCCAACUUUUGGAAGAAAUGAUUUAAAAAUUUGUGGUGAAUUAAAAGAAAAUGAAAAAAGUAGAUGUAGAAAAGGCAGUUAUGAAAAACCAAUUCGAAAUAGUGAGGAAUUUUUUUGUGUAGAUGAUUAUGAG